CUUAGUUCAGGCUGACCUCUUCCUCCAUGGCAGGCGACUACAGCGACAGCGAGAGGAGUGUGGACGCUUAUGUAUACCAACAAGCCGAUUAUUCCGCUGAUUAAGCUCUGCUGCUGGUGUCGAGUUGGCCUGAUCCAGACAGGAGACUACGCACCGAGCGCACAACCUGCCGCCCCGGCCGUUGGAGAGUUUGGUGUGUGUUAAAUAUUAAUGGAGGAAGUUUUAGAUUAUAUUUUUCUAAGAACAUGUGUGAAUUUUACCGCAAUGCGUGGACUAAAAACGUUUUCUCCAACGGAACCGGGCAGAACCUUGGAAACGGAAGAUCUCCUCUGAAGUGUUUCUAACGUGUCAGUAAAUUUGGCUGCGAUUGAAAUGUAGUCUUUUUCUACUUCUAACAACUUUUACAUUGUUAAAUAAAAAAUGAAUAGCCCCAAUCAAGGUUUAGACGGACAUCAGAGCGCCUGGGAGAACCCCUCUUGUAGGGCGACCGCAGAGCCAAACAGACACCGCAGCAGUUGGAGCAGCCUCCGCUUCUCCGCCUGGAGGUCGGCCUCCCAGGCCUCCCGGAAGACGGCAGAACCGGUACUCAGUGACGUGACCAAGACGCUGUUUACCCUGGUCCAAACUCACAACGACGAAUACACCGCGGACCCCGACGGCCUCCUCACGCCAGAGGAACCGGACAUAACUAGCACCAAUUUAACCACGCCGAAAGCAGAGGAGACCUCCCUUGGUGUGGGCGCUCAGUCCCAGGCAGGUGUGGACGAUGAACCAUAUGCCGACCAAUCCACUUUUUUCCAGCGGCAGUUCGGCUCCAUGCUGCAGCCAGGUGUCAACAAGUUUUCCCUGCGUAUGUUUGGCAGUCAGAGAGGUGUAGCGGCCGAGCAAGCUAGGGUUAAAUCCUUUGGAGUGUGGAUUAUCCACCCCUACAGUGACUUCAGGUUCUACUGGGACCUGGUGAUGCUGCUGUUGAUGAUGAGCAACCUGGUGAUCCUGCCCUGGGGCAUCACCUUCUUCGAGGACCAGAACACUCCGCCUUGGAUCACCUUCAACGUCCUCUCCGACACCCUCUUCCUGCUGGACCUGAUCUUCAACUUCCGCACGGGGAUCCCGGGGGAGGACGGCCACAUCGUGCUGGACCCCAGGGAGAUCCGUUCCCAGUACCUGCGCUCCUGGUUCGCGGUGGACUUCAUCUCCUCCAUCCCCGUCGACUACAUCUUCCUCAUCGUGGACAUCGAGUCCCGGCUGGAGUCGACGGACGUGUACCGCACGGCGCGCGCCCUCCGCAUCGUACGCUUCACCAAGAUCCUCAGUCUGCUGCGGCUGCUGCGCCUCUCGCGGCUCAUCCGCUACAUCCACCAGUGGGAAGAGAUUUUCCACAUGACCUAUGACCUGGCCAGUGCUGUGGUGCGGAUAGUGAACCUGAUUGGCAUGAUGCUGCUGCUGUGCCACUGGGACGGCUGCAUGGCCUUCAUGGUGCCCAUGCUACAGGACUUCCCUCCCGACUGCUGGGUGGUCAAGAACAACCUGGUGAAUUCCACAUGGCACCUCCAGUAUUCCUAUGCAUUGUUCAUGGCCAUGAGCCACAUGCUUUGUAUAGGAUACGGUGCCCAUCCUCCCGAGGGUAUGAGCGAUGUGUGGAUGACCAUCAUGAGCAUGAUCGUUGGAGCCACCUGCUACGCCAUGUUCCUGGGCCAUGCCACCAACCUGGUCCAGUCCUUGGAUGCAUCUCGCCGACAGUACCAGGAUAAGUACAAACAGGUGGAACAGUACAUGUCCUUUCAUAAACUUCCGGCGGAUGUGAGACAGAGGAUUCACGAUUACUACGAACAUCGAUUCCAAGGCAAAAUCUUUAACGAGGACAGCAUCCUUGGAGAGCUUAGCGAUCCGCUCAAAGAGGAGAUCGUCAGCUUCAACUGCCGUGGACUGGUGGCCAACAUGCCGCUGUUUGCCAAUACCGACCCUCACUUUGUGACAGUGAUCUUGACCAAGCUGCAGUUUGAGGUCUUUCAGCCAGGGGACCUGGUCAUACGGGAGGGAACACUUGGUCGGAAGAUGUACUUCGUCCAGCACGGCUGUCUCACCGUGCUCCCGCGUGGCGGGAAGCCGCUGCAGCUGAACGACGGGGCGUAUUUUGGGGAGAUCUGCCUGCUGACGCGGGGUCGGCGGACGGCGAGCGUCCGGGCCGAGACGUACUGCCGCCUGUACUCGCUGAGCGUGGACAGCUUCAACGAGGUGCUGGAGGAGCACCCGCUGAUGAGGAGCGCCUUCGAGAGCGUGGCCAUCGACCGCCUGGACCGGGCGGCGCGGAGGCCAAGUCACUGAAGGGGAGGGGGGGGGGGGAGGAGGAGAGAGAGAGAGAGAGAGAGAGAGAGAGAGAGAGAGAGAGAGAGAGAGAGAGAGAGAGAGAGAGAGAGAGAGAGAGAGAGAGAGAGAGAGAGAGAGAGAGAGAGAGAGAGAGAGAGAGAGAGAGAGAGAGAGAGAGAGAGAGAGAGAGAGAGAGAAUUGAAAAAGGAAACGAUUUCAAUUUCACAUUGUCUUGAAAUUAUUUGGUAAACACUUCUGUGUUGUCCUUGACAGAAUAUAACGGUGAGGACUUUUAAUCACCAAUCAAUGCAGAACUAUUGGAAACAAACUAGUUCCUCUGACCUGUAUUGUGCAUGUUCAUAUAUGAGAGGUGUGGUUCACAACCCUUUGAAGAUACGACUACAAAAAAAAAGUGAUCUGGUUCAGAUGCAAAUCAAUUAGUUGCUUUUUGUUAGGUUGUUUUCUAUGUUAAAAUAAAGGAUAGGGGAAAUACUAAUAUUUGAAGGGUUAAGAUGCAGUGAUGUCAUGCUGCCAAGCCUGAUUAAACUAUUUGAACAAUACGAGAAGAUAACCUUUUUAAAUGCUGGACCUUAAUUCAUUGAUAUCAAUGGCAAUUCUUUGUUACCUUACUACCUAAUUAUUAAGUCUAGUGCAGGGUAUUUCAAGUUCACACUAAUGUAAUGUAAUGUCACUAAUUAGAGUUAGGAUUGUUUAGGCAUUUUAUCUGACUGAUGGUAUCUCUGAUGAUUCAUAAUAUAUGCUUCAUAACAUCCUUUUUUUUAAUUUAAGUUUGUAUGUUCAUUGAUAUCAAUGGCAAUUGUUUUCUACCUACCUACCUAUGUAUUAAGUCUAGUUCAAGGUAUUUCAAGUUCACACUUAAUGUCACUCAUUAGAGUUAGGAUGGUUUAGCCAUUUCAUCUGACUGAUAGUAUCUCUGUUGUUUCAUAACGUAUGCUUCAUAAAAUCCUUUUUUUUUAAUUUAAGUUUGUAAAUAUGUAUUUUGAUUUACCCAUUGACAUGUAGGCUCGACACAUUAAAUUUGCCAAUGAUCAAUUGGCUACAAAAUUACAUUGUGGUUGUUAACCUUAAAGGUACACUAUAUGUUUAGGAAUAACAUGUAUUUUACUAUUGUUCAUAUGAUCUUUUAAUGCUUGUUUAAUUUAUUCAUGUUCAUUCAGCACAAUAGGAUCAAAUAAGUCUUUCGGUGAUUGAACUGUUUUAAGGUAUUCUUGAAUGUUUGCUAUCCUUUUGUAGUAAAAAUGUUUCUUAAA